AUGUUUAUUAAGAGAUGUGGGAAAAUUAUAUUUGGACGCCAAAUGUCCCUACAUAUUGAUAUUCGAUAGGUGGUAUUCUGAAGUUGUAGCCGAGACAGCGUUCCAUUGCACAGCUUUCAUUAUGUGGAGCGAUCCAUACUCCUCUGAUUAAUUCAUUUUAUAUUUAUAUUCAUUCUAUAAAAAUUAUUAUAUUAAGGGAUUAUUAUGGCAAAUAAAGCUAAAGAUAAACACUACGCUAAUCUGAAAUAAAAUAAAGUCACUUGAGGCCCUUGUUUUGUCUAGAAUUGUACAAAAUAAAUUGUUUACAAAUGGCAGCUGCCAAAUUUGCAAGUAUAUCAUAUGAGCAACUGUGUAAUUAUUGAGCAUAAAGAAUGGCACAAGCAAUGAAAGAUAUCCUACAAGUAGAAAUAGCUGAACUGUACGUAAAGACUAUUGAACCUUCAAACAUUGCUGAGCUUGGAUCUCCAAGCUGGUUUGAUGCACAUGGACGCCUCCAGAAAUUACACCAACAAGCCAUUUUAGAAGCUCAGGAACUGCAAGAGGAAUCUGUGAAAGAAAUGAUCAUCUCAUAUAAUAAAAUUCCCAUUAUUGUUCAUGAAGCUAUUUGUAUAUCAGUUUGGAAAGAAAAGGUUCUGCCUCUACUUCUCAAAAUAAGACCAGAACCAAAGAGUGUAUUUGUUCCAUAUAUGGUUCUUUUCCAUGAAGCUACUGCUAUUGAAUUUCUGGAAACACUAGUCUAUCACCCAGAUAGCUGUGAAGCUUUGGGUGAAAAUUCCCUUGACUUAAUUGAUUAUUCUACCUCAGCAAUCACAAGGCUUCUUGCAGGGAGUAAACAGAAAGUUUCUGAGCCUUCACACAACCUAAGUGCCUCUGAGGAUUUGGAACAAAAAGAAGUGACACUUGCUUUUAACAUUGGGAUAAAAUGCAUUUCCAUAAUAGGAUGCAUUGCUCAACACUUGGAUUGCCUGCCACUGUGUGCAACAUCACACAUGUUUUCCAUCCAUGAUGUCCCACUACUUCUGGUAAACAUCAUUGAACAGAAACCAUGGACUAAACAAGGCCCAUCUGGUAAAACUCUCAAAUUUGAAGACUGCAAAUGGCAAGAGAUAAAUGGUGAAGAUAACGUGAAGGUAACUCGUGCAGAGGCACAAACAUGGCUUGCUCUCAGACAUCUCUUGUUGGAUGUUCGCUGCCCUGCACACUAUGAUAUCAAUGAAUACCGCAAGAAUCAGCUUAUUAAGCUUCAGUGCUUCAUGCAUGACACUCUUCUGGACCAACUGUCCCCACUUGUAGAGUUAAAAUACUGGCUGGCAAAACUGGCUUCAUGCAACGCUCCUUUUACAACACGUCGUCCAUUACUACUAGAAGUCAUACCCCAGAUCAAACAGACACUGCUUGAGAAGAACAACAAACGAUGGAAGAAGAUUGCCAACAGGCAUGUGGAAUCAAUGUUCCAUGAAAAUGCGUCAGACAUGAAGACCAUUACAAAAAGCUUAAGUGAAACAUAUGACCUGGAUACAAUAGAAGCAAUAGUGCUUGGACCAUCAGUUUGUGUUACCUGUGGAGAACCUGCAGCUAAAAAAUGUUCGCAAUGCAAGACUCCGUACUGUGGAAGGGAAUGUCAAGUCAAGAACUGGCCUAAACACAAGACAUCAUGUGAAUUUUUGUCUAGCAAGAAGAUUGAUUAAAUGCACAUGACAGAGCAAACUAUUGCUUCUACAUUAAUAAACCAAUAAAUGAAGUCAUCAAUGUGUGUAGAUCA